CGGCAGGUAGGUACUUUACUCGAGGUACCCUUUGAUCAUGAUGACACGAUUGAAGUCAUCUCGCAGGGUGGCACCACCACGUGCCUACUGUGCAAUUGCUGCUGUGUGUCCUGCACACCCGACACAAGCGUGAUUCAGCAGCCCUGCGAGCUUUUGAUUUGGCCUAGCACCCGUUUUGCAGGGAACAUUCUCUAUCUUACUGUCACAAGGUGACCCUGUCUGGCUUUACUCCGAAGCGAGUAAGUCUCUAGGAUCAGACUGGCUUGCUGCCUGUAGCGCGACACAAGUGACCAAAGACAUCAUCUCAUUGCAGCCCCAAAUCAACAGCCAGACCUUUCGCUGCCUAAUUAUAUGGUCGUCACUUGUUCCCCUGCCAUCUCGAGACCACUUGGGAGACCAUCUUGCAUGGUCUAGCACAGUCCGGCGCUCUGGGCAACAGGAAUGCCGUCACAAGUCCGGCUCGACAGCCUCGUUCAUGUUUCAAUAAGAUGACCAGCUUCGCUCAAUUCUCCGAUCAUUCACCCACCGACCCCCUCGAUGAACAAACGAUCCCGCCAAUGGCCGCAAUGGCGGUUGAUCAAGCGACUCUUGUCCAGUUGAUUCAACAACUCGAAGCAGACCGGAAGGCGUACCUAUCUACCUUCGAGAAGGUCAACGAAACUCUCAGCCGUGCCCUCCAUGGACAACAGCCUGAUCCGUAUGAGGUCCGGCCCGGCAUCGUCAACCGCUCGACGAUGUCGUCUGAAGGCUCACUUCAAGUUACCGCUACAGACCAGUCGUUGCUAUCACCAAAACGGCCUCACAGUACAACUCGCCGUCAAUCAGAGAUCACUACCCAGCCUAACAAGAACUCCAUCUUCACUGGUGAUGAUUCUUCCGAUAGUGACUCCAACGACGAGUCUUUCUUCGUACAACAAACUCUUCCUCCCUACCAGUUUGACGAGGAAGAUUUAAUCGUCCAUCUCCGGACUCACAAUUGGGACAAGUACUCCAGGUUCAUGCUUCAGGAUCUCCUGGAUAACGUCUCAAUCCUGUCCAAUUUUGGCAUAUUCCACAAGGACCGACAUCUCCACCUCACUGGCGCAAACCAUCAACAUGCCGACAUCUACCACGUAUCAACUGAUGGUGCUCCUCUACGCCAUAGUCGUGGUGACUCCGAGGAAGGCCCGCUUGCUACAUGGGAGGCGUUGAAGUGCAUCAACACAGACAACUCGAGGAAGUUGGCCGUGGGGCGUAUCAUUGUUCUUCGAGAACCUCCAUCCAGCCUGCUAGCCGCCUUGCAUUUGACGAUGAAGGAUCAUUUCGAUAUGGACUCUAUCUAUCGACUGUUGAUCGACGAUGACACGCCUACUAGAGCCAUCACCAAAGGCUUUUUGAAAAAGGAUCACCGCCGUCAGCGUUCAAUUGUUUUUGUCUUCAAAUAUCAUACCGUGGUUGGAGAAGGAAGAGCCCCUUUACCAUGGCAAAGUCAUGACGACAAUAUCGAAGAGAGGAAAGGGGAUAGCAUCGCAUUGUCCACUUGCUCUGCCGUUGUUGCGCUGUCUCUGGCAGGAAGACCCAGUCACACCUUGAGACGAAAUUCUCGCAAGACAAAAUCCAUCGUGGGUCAAAUCUACGAUCCCUUUGCUCCAUGGCAUGUUUUAUCAAUCCAGGCUUUCCCAGACUGGAAAUCUAGCGUCGAAACCCACAACACCAAUCACCAUUACGUCAAUGGACCUGAUGCGUUUCUAGUCACUCUCCUCGCGGAAUACAGGGACGCCGUCAAGAGAUUCAAAGAGGUUCAUCGCCAAAUAACGCAUCUAGCAACCCCACCAAACAAAUCCAUCUUCGACAGCGCAUUACGUGACGAACUACUAUUCGAGAACGACCAAUAUACAUAUUCUCGACGAUAUUUCUGGGCUUCACAAACCCUGGGCGUUCUCAGCAACGAGAUCAAAGAUAUGAUCAACGCCUACAGAGAAACAUUCAGCGAGGACUUUUGGACCGGCGAACACAAGACACUUUUUCCCGGUACCAAAGAGCAAUCUUCAAAAUAUGGGAACUGGCGCAAGAAAUUGUCCCAUACCCGGAAACAGUUUGAAAAGGAGAUUCAAAAUCUCGAGGAGGUUCUGAAAAUGUUUUCACAUCAGCAAAAGGAGAUACGAGGGUUGCGGGAGUGGUUGUUCAGUGGAACUUCUGUCUUCGAAUCGAGAGAUGCUGUUGGUCAAGCAAAGAUCACCGUUGAACAAGGCUACAACAUCCGACUGUUGACCAUGGUCACAUUGUUUUACCUGCCUCUUCAGACAGUGACCAGUAUAUUCGGAAUGACAAACAUGCCGGAAGAUGAUGGCUAUCUUCCAUUCGCCCUCGCAACCUUAGGGAUAUGCAUCCCUACAUACUUAAUUAUCGUUGUUGUCAACAACCCAGAAAAGGUCCGCUACAUCGUCACUACUGUGGAACUUGCUAUCGCCAGUCUCUUUUCAUGCGCCAUUCCAAAGCAAAAAGUCGACAAGCUGAAGAAAAAGAUCGAACAUCAACGCGAAAAGCAACUAGACUCUCAACCGGGACACACACAACGACGACCGAUGAUUCGCAAGACGGCCACAGCUACCCACGCCAGCUUCGAAGCACGAUUGUCAGCCGACAUGGCACUCGACCCUAUCCGCCAUGCAUCUCAAAGCAUCGUCAAUGGAACUCGUCGAAUGUCUCAAUCACUAAGCCAUCACCUUCCAGCGGGUCGAGGCGGCGCUGGUCGAAAGUUCCUGGGUCACUUAGUCCACACGUCGGACAAAAUGCCCAAGGUGACAGAAUCCGACAUCGUGCCUCCUCCCCAUGAACCAGACAUGUAUUCAAACUCACUAGACACGCCAUCGACUCCACCUUUGGCGGCUUUCGGACGAUAUAACCGAACCAGUACAAUUCCAAUCGACGAGUUGACAUACAGUAAUCCCCGACGCUCGCAAACUGGGUUGAGUUCAUUGACUGUUCCAAACACCAGCCCGAGUAUUUUAUAUCCGGAAGGAAUCAUCGCUCGUGACAUGGAGCGAUCAGCUACAUUAUCUCCCACAUCACAUCUAUCACCUGGAACGACGCCACCUCCGUCGCUGGGGGGACGACGAACUCGAUCGAAUGAUGUCAAUGGCAGUGCUACUGCACAGCACGCCCCAUCUCCAACGCACCUUCCCGUGGUCGAUAGAUCGCUUCUCCGACGCUGGACGGAUUGGUAUUCCCCGUUAGAGCGAUCAGCGCGAGUGUCGAGGGUCAAUACGCCUGAGACGCCGAGUCCGAAAGAGCAGGUUUGAAGGGGGGGGUGGAAAUGACAUGUGGGAUCACCCGUUCGAAUCGAGUUAUGGAUCUUGGUUUGUUGGUGAGUGGUGGGGUGUCGGAUCGAUAGCCACCAAAGAAGGGAGAAAUGGAAAGAGUCUGACGAAUGAUCCGAUGAUUUGAAGUGAAGUGAAGUGAAGUGCGAUUGCGAUUGCGAUUGCGACUGUAAGAGUACGAUAAUGGCGGUUUGUGGCUUGGAAUGAUACAGGUGAUGUGAUCAUGGUAUGGUGUGGUAUGAGUUGACGAGACACGACAUGACAUGACUUGAUGCGACACGAUGCAUGCGAUAUGAUUUAUGGUACGAAUGUGACGACGAACAAGUGUGCACAACAGCACAACUUGGCGACAGAAGGGGAAAGGAGAGAGUGGUGGUGAUGGACCAAAUGGACAUGGACAUGACCGAGCCGAACAACUACAUAAAUCAAAAGCAAGCAUAUCUUUUCAAGUAAUAGAUGGCACACACUUGGGAGAAGUUUUCAGAAGUCCA